AUGGUGUCCUGGCUUACAAUCCCCCCAAAGUCACACUUUUCCCUCGCCAACAUCCCCUUUGGCAUCAUCACCGCCAACGGGUCGACGACCAAGGUGCCCGCGAUUGCCAUUGGCGACUAUGCGCUCGACCUGUCUGCUUUUGCGCGCGAGCAGGGCUUCUCGCAGCUACCAGCAAUUCAACCGCAUCUCAAUGUGUUCAAUCAGACUACCCUGAACGACUUUGCCGCGCUGGGGCGGCCUAUUCACCGACAAGUGCGCGAGUAUCUGCAAGCCGUGUUCAAGGUCGACACGCCUUAUGCGGCGCUUCUACGGGAUAAUGAAAGUCUACGGAGUACGGCUUUGGUCCCACUCAGCAACGCGACAAACCAUCUGCCUAUGCAGAUUGGCGACUACACGGAUUUCUACGCGGGGCUGAACCAUGCAUACAACGUUGGUGUGCUUUUCCGUGGGCCUGACAAUGCGUUGCAGCCGAAUUACACGCAUUUGCCCGUUGGAUAUCAUGGUCGAGCAUCUAGCGUUGUACCAUCUGGUACACCUAUUGUCCGUCCCUCGGGUCAGAUUCUGGCCAACCCGGCUGCGACGCCCAAGAUCCCUCACUUCUCGCCGUGCAAGAAACUAGACAUUGAGCUGGAAUUGGCGGCGUUUGUGAGCACACCGAACAAGCUCGGGCAGCCCGUCUCCAUCGACGAGGCAGAAGACCAUAUCUUUGGUCUGGUGCUGAUGAAUGACUGGUCUGCGCGUGAUAUUCAGGCCUGGGAAUACGUCCCGCUGGGUCCGUUCAAUUCGAAGAACUUUGGCACAACCAUCACGCCUUGGGUGGUAUUGAUUGAUGCACUGGAGCCAUUCAGGGCCGAGGGUCUUAAGCCGGGAACUCGCGACAGCCUGCUUCCGUAUCUGAGAGAAAAACGAGCGGACAACAGCUACAAUAUCAAGCUCGAGGUCGACCUCAAGCAUGCCGGUGGAGACGCACCCACUCGUAUUUCAACGACCAAUGCCACAAACCUGCUGUUUUCAUUCACGCAGAUGGUGGCUCACCACACCAUCACUGGCUGCAACUUACGUCCGGGAGACUUGCUGGGCAGCGGCACUAUCUCAGGCAAAGAGCCGGGCUCCCAGGGCAGUCUGUUGGAGCAGACAAAUGGCGGCAAAGAGCCUAUUACCUUGGCAGACGGCACAACCAAGCGGUUAUUUUUGGAGGACGGAGAUGAGGUGACUCUGCGUGCGGUAGCAGGGAAUGUUGACGGUCAAUACGUUGGAUUUGGCGACUGCGUGGGCAGAAUUGAGCCUGCUGUGCAGUUUUCUUUUAAUAAAUAA